AUGUCGCAGCUCGUACGCUUUCGACGCGAAAGCCCAAGGGAUGGAAACGCACUCGUCACCCUAGCCAACAGCUCUCAAGACCGGGAGUCAGCCACUCGGUACCACCAGGCUCGUGCCGCUCAAAACAUCAAAGCUUUUGAACAGAAGUUUGGAAAAUAG